AGGAAGAGGAUGAAAAUAGAAGCCUCCUGUGCCAGAGCUCUUGGAUGACCAGCAUAAUCCUCGCUUUGCUACUCCUGUCGGGGAUUGCCGCAGCUCCCUCCCUCCCUCCCUCCACCUCGUGUGCCCUGAGAGGAGGAGCAGAUCGAGCUGAGCCAUGGACGCCUGAGGAAGAUCAGAAGUUGCUGGAGCUGCAGGGGAAGCUGGGGAAGAAAUGGAAGGAGAUCAGCAAUCAGAUGGGAAACCGCCGGUCCUCCAAGGGCUGCAGCGCAAGGUUUGCAAGAAUAUCUGCGAACCGAGCGAGCUCGGCAGCCGACCAGUCGAAAGGGCGAGAAGAGCAGGCCGACGGGGAAGCAGUCAAGGUUGAAGCCACUGAGGACAGAAAUGUUGAGGCGCCCAAAGCAAGGUUGACCAAGAAACAGCGUACAAAGCCAGGAGGCGAUGAGGGAAGGAUGCGAGAGGAGAGAACUGCGGAUGCAAGUAAGCACGAUGAUGAUGAGCAGCAGAAGGUCUCUACAGCUAAGAGAGCUCUGCCUGAUGGAGUUGCUCAGACUGAUCAGGAGGAUUUUGAUGUAAAGGCUGAUGAAGCGAACAAAAAGAAGCGUCGAAAAGCUGCUGCAGAAUACGAGCCAGCUACUACUCAAGUUGUCGAUCACACCACUGCACCAGACUUGGAACUCUUUGAGAGCAAGAUAGAACAGGUUCAUGAGGGAGACGAGGGGGAAAGAGAAGUUACCACAGACAAGGCUUCACGGGAUGAGAUAGAGAAGAGCGCUGCCGAACAAGGAAAGAUUCAAGACGCAUGGGCUGACCUCGAUGCCAUGAGAGAGGAGACUCGUUUGAGGAGGCAGAAGAUUCAGAGCAUGUGGGACAGGAAGACUCACGCGGGCAAGCGAACUGGAUUCCACGUCAAGCUACCAGUCAAGAAGCAGAGCUUUGGCUUGCAAGAUGGCAAGAAAGUCAAGCUCAGGCUCUAUCCCUUGCCUGGCGCAAUCAACCAACGCAAGGCACGAGAACAGAAUUUGAGCGAAGAGGAGGAGUUGGAACAGGAGGCGAUAGAGAACCGAACUUCCACGGAGCAGGAGGUAGCGAUACAGAAUCAAACCUUCACAGAUCACAAGGGGCGGCGUUGGGUCUUUCAGAGCGAGGUUGGAGAUGAGCUCCACUUCGUCCGAGCCCGCAAAUCCAAGAAGACUAAAGAAUCCAAGAAGGCUGAAUCAUUGAAGACUGAGGAAUGUAAGAAGGCUGAAUCAGACUUGAGGUCCUUGUUUGAUUUACAGCCGCUGCCUGAGGGCUGGGACAAACUGAAGCCGAAGGAAAAGCGACAGGUCCUGCGUGAGCAAGCCAACGCUUUCUUGUCUGCAUGUGAGUGA